GAGAAACCUUUUUGUAUGGUCAUUUUCCCAAGACACUAGGACAAAUGACAUCCCUUCAAGUCUUUGACUUUUCAUACAACAAGUAUCUCGACGGCGGCCCCGGCGGCAUCAUAGCGCCAGGGUUGAUGAGAAACCUAUGCAAUUUGGAAGUACUAUACCUUGAAGAAGGUCUCUCGUAUGGGAACAUGGCAGAGUUGUAUGAGAGCUUGCCACAUUGCUCGUCCAGCCGACUAAGAGAACUGUAUUUGAAUGGAAACAAUAUAACCGGGACCCUACCAGCUGGGCUUGCCCAAUUCACCAGUUUGGCCACUCUCAUCCUCUCUGAUAACCAUAUGACUGGACCCGUGCCCACUGAGAUUGGUAGGAUCAACGGUUUGAUUUCCCUAGACCUAAAAAACAACAAUUUGACAGGUGUCAUCACCGAAGAACAUUUCUAUGGUUUCACAAGCUUACAGUAUAUAGAUUUAUCUAAUAAUCCUUUGACGAUUAUAGUAGAUCCUCGUCUGCUACCCCCACUGAAACUAGAGGAAGCAUAUUUUGCAUCUUGCCAAAUAGGUCCUCAUUUUCCUUCUUGGCUUCGGUUGUUGCCUAGAGCUGAUUACAUUGAUAUGUCAAACACGGGUAUAACCGGUCAGCUCCCAUACUGGUUCCCGGCAACACUUUCACAGGCUAUAUUUUUGAACUUCUCCCACAACCAGAUCAGUGGAAGCCUGCCAAAAAAUAUGGAAUCCAUGUCAGUGAACUAUCUCUAUCUAGAUAGAAACCAAAUAACUGGUGAAAUACCUCCACUGCCAGAAAACCUCACUUGUUUCUCCAUAUCUAACAAUUCUCUAUCAGGUCGUAUUACAAGAUCUAUCUGCAAAACCCAAAAGUUGAAGUGCUUGGAUUUAAGCAUCAACCAGUUGGAGGGAGAAUUUCCUCAAUGUAUCAAGAUGGGAUAUAUACGGAGUCUUAUAUUGAGUAACAAUAAGUUCUCGGGAAAGUUCCCAUCUUUUCUACAAAGCACAAAUAUAAAGUUUCUAGAUCUAUCAAGAAAUAAGUUAUCUGGAAGAUUGCCUGAAUGGAUCGGAGACUUGAUGGCAUUAGAGUAUAUAGGAUUAAGCUAUAAUAUGUUCUCUGGGAGUAUUCCAUCCAGCAUCAUCAAUCUUGGAGAAAUGUUCAAUUUUGAUGUUGCAGGCAACAGAUUGUCAGGUGCUAUACCUCGCAAUCUUUCAACUUUGACGGGCAUGGCAGGUCAGGUGCGAUACUUGAACAUAGACUCGAACUGGAUGCAACCUCAAUUUAUUUUGCCCGUGUUCACAAAGCGACAAGAGCUUCAUUAUAAACAAUCAUUUGCAAAUAUGUCGAGCAUUGACUUAUCCUUGAAUUACUUAACUGGAGUAAUUCCAGAAGAAAUUACUUCUGUGAAUGGAUUGAUGAACCUGAAUAUUUCUUGGAACUACUUAACUGGAGAAAUUCCACGAAGUAUUGGGUCCAUGAAAUCACUGGAAUCAUUGGACCUAUCAAGGAACAAACUUUGUGGAGAAAUUCCACUGAGCCUAUCGAAUCUGACCUAUUUGGAAUCUUUGGAUUUGUCCUACAACAAUCUGUCCGGAAGAAUACCACCGGGAUCGCAACUUGACACUCUCUACGACAACUAUCCAUAUAUGUACAGCGGCAACGUUGGUCUCUGUGGGCGUCCUCUCCAACGGAAUUGUUCAGUUAGUAAUAAUGCAACAAAGCUAGUUGAUGGUGAUACCAAGAGAAGUGCACAUGUGUCUGAUUCAAUGUUCUUUUAUCUCGGUCUUGGGUCAGGGUUUGUCGUUGGCCUCUGGGUGGUGUUAUGUACCAUGCUCUUCAAGAAAACAUGGAGGAUUGCAUCUUUUCGGCUCUUCGACAAGGUAUAUGACAAGCUAUAUGUAUUUGUCGUUGUCGCCCGGGCAAGAUUAGCACAAAAGGCACUGCAACUCAUUGGGAAGCUUCGCUAGAACCAGAAAUGGAGAUACGUAAAGCAUGCUUGUUUUCCGAGUUUCAGCUAGUCUUGCUAUGCUUUGAAGUGAUAGGUUUAAAUAACAGAUGUGGCUCAGCUCAUGUAAUAUAUAUACGUGUGUAUGUGUUUGUACUAGCCGUGUUUUCACUCUUGCUUAGCUAAAUGUAAUGUGUGUUGAUCGUUUGUUUGAACA